UGGUGAUGGUCGAAGGUGUGACGCUGGUUGCCUGACGCUGCUUCCUUAAUGUAAACAUAACCUUGAAUUGCCUUUACGUUUUAUCAACUUUUUUUCUAAAAUGAAUGCAAUAAUAUUCUUUUAUAGUUAGCGUGAAAUAGUUCCGUGAACUUUGUUUUCGCAGUACUUGUAAGCAAAAUACAGCGGACGUCCAAGGACAUCAUUUUGAUGGCAGAUACGAGACGUAAAUAUGGCCCUUUGAUAGGGUCUAUAGACGAAGGGACUUCUAGCACCAGAUUUUUGGUGUUUGCCUCGAAAACAGCAGAGGUCCUCACUUUCCAUCAGGUCCCAGUGCCUCACAUCGUACCAAAAGAAGGUUGGUUUGAGCAAGACCCGAAUGUCAUAUUGCAAGCUGUGAUAGAAACUGUAGAUGUAACUUGUGAUAAUUUGAAAAAGCUCAACAUCAACUACGAAGACAUCGUGGCUGUUGGUAUUACAAACCAAAGAGAAACCACCAUCCUGUGGGAUCCUACCACUGGAAAGCCAUUGUACAAUGCUUUAGUAUGGAUGGACAUCAGGACUUCCAGCACAGUAGAUGAAAUUUUACAAAAUGGCAAGAAGCCACAGAGUUUCUUGCAAAAUCAGUGCGGUUUGCCUGUAAGCACAUAUUUCAGCGCGCUCAAAAUAAAAUGGUUAAUGGACAACGUAGAUGAGGUAAAGGAGGCUAUUAAAGAAAGUAGGUGCCUCUUUGGAAAUGUUGAUUCUUGGCUUGUUUGGAACUUAACAGGGGGUGUGAGGGGCGGUCUUCACAUAACGGACGUCACAAAUGCCUCGAGAACUAUGCUGAUGAACAUAGAGACCUUAAAAUGGGAUCCGCAGCUGUGUAAAGUGUUUGAUAUCCCUAUGCGUAUAUUGCCAGAGAUAAGAAGCUCAUCCGAAAUUUACGGCUAUAUACAGAGAGUCACGAAAUUGAUGGGGGUUCCUAUAUCAGGGAUUUUAGGUGACCAACAGGCGGCGCUUGUAGGGCAGAUGUGCUUUAAAAUGGGGCAAGCAAAAAGCACCUAUGGAACGGGUUGUUUCAUUUUAUACAAUACUGGAGCAUAUACUGUCAGAUCAACGCACGGUUUGCUGACGACUGUUGCUUAUCAAUUUGGCGCGAAUUCAAAACCUGUAUACGCCUUGGAGGGGUCUGUCGCCAUAGCAGGUAUUUCAAUAAAGUGGCUUAAGGAUAAUUUGCAAAUUAUAAAUGAUGUCAAAGAGUCGUCCGAAUUGGCUAUGACUGCGGAGGAAUCUGGGGAGGUGUACUUUGUACCUGCGUUUUCAGGCCUGUACGCUCCGUAUUGGCGGAAGGAUGCCAGAAGCGUAAUUUGCGGGUUGACUGAAGAAACGAGGCCCCAGCAUUUAGUCAAAGCCGCCCUUGAAGCCGUAUGCUUCCAAGUGCGAGACGUGCUGGUAGCGAUGGCUUUGGACUGCGAUUUCCCUCUCACAAAACUGCUUGUUGACGGUGGAAUGACCGCCAACGAUUACCUGAUGCAAAUGCAAGCCGACUACUGUGGAAUUCCCGUCGUGAGGCCUACAAUGGCGGAAACCACAUGUUUAGGAGCAGCUAUAGCGGCAGGAAGUGCGGAAGGUGUGGAAGUUUGGCAUGUUGAAAAAAUCGAACCGGUACCAAGCGAUACCUUUGUGCCAUCUAUAUCUGAAAACAUGAGAGACGUGAAAUACUCAAGAUGGAAAAUGGCGAUAAAAAGAAGCCUUGGCUGGGCAACAGAAGAUAGUAAACCUGACGAUAUUGAUUUACCUCGGUUGGUAGAUGGUGAAGACGCGGUUAAAGGUGACAAGAUUUUAAAAUCCGUUCCAGGAGGCCUGUUUGUGCUUGGUUCGGUGCUCAUGAUGGUCGUUGCUGAAAUGUGGCGAAAGCGCUGAUAACAGUACUUUAGACUUGAGCCAGUGUUGGUUGCAUAGUUCUGAAAAAAGUGUUUGUGAUGUUCUAUACUUUAUUUAUUUGAGUUUCGUCUGGUCGGUACUACGAAUCUUGGCAGUAUUUUAGAGACAGGAAAUGUGGACUUUCUGCUUAGCUGAAACCUUCCACUGAAAUUGUCAUUAUAUUGUUUUCAUUUGGAACGGGUUUUUUUCUAUACAUCAAGUGUUCUGUAAUCGUUCUAUUCUAGUUGAUUUUUGUGCUUACAUUUUGUUGAUUUUUUAUAUUUUGUUGCAUUUUUCUACAUCUGUUUUGAAGCUUGUAAGCAUAUCGAUAAUAAAUGAUUGUUAUUGAAUA